CUCCCAGAUUCCAUCUUUUAAUGGAUUGCUUUUGCAGUAACUAAUGUGAUGAAUUUUUCCAGGUGGCAGCAGGAGCAACAGGCCUGGCACAGAGGGCUCUCGAUGAAGCCACAAACUACGCCCUGGAGAGGAAGACCUUUGGCAAAGUUAUUGCUGAGCACCAGGCCGUGUCGUUCCUCUUGGCCGAGAUGGCAAUGAAGGUGGAGCUGGCUAGGAUGGCGUACCAGCGAUCAGCUUGGGAAGUGGAUCAAGGCCGCAGGAACACCUACUACGCCUCCAUUGCCAAGGCCUUCGCCGGAGACAUCGCCAAUCAGGUGGCUACUGACGCCGUUCAGGUCUUUGGAGGCAACGGCUUCAACAGCGAGUACCCGGUGGAGAAGCUGAUGAGGGACGCAAAGAUCUACCAGAUCUACGAAGGAACAGCUCAAAUCCAAAGGCUCAUUAUUGCCAGAGAACAUCUGGGAAAGUUCAAGAAAUGAACCGUUCCCUGAUCCGUCCUCAUUUACAGUAAUUUACUGUUAACUUCUGUAGCUCUUGUACAUAAAGGUUCUGUAAAAAUAGAUCGGGCCGCUUAUUCAGGAUGCAGCUCCAAUGUUUUCUGCCUUAACAGGUGGUUCAGAUUGAUGAUCUGAAUGACGAGGUCAUGAUUCUUAUGGUUUGAUUCAGAUCAUAUAAUAAAACUUUUAUCAGCUCAACACGACAUGAAUAGUUUCUGUGCCCAAAUGAAAACGUUUCACUGUAAGGAGCAUCAUUUCUCUUGUGAACUGUUUAGACUGCUUGUCUUUUAUUAUAGCUUCAGAAAUACAUUUUAAGCAAUAAUCAAUGAUUGUCUGUAAACUUAAACUAAAGUUAUUCUACAGUUAAAUUUCAGUGACUCUUUAAGAUGAUGGUCUUGCCAAUUAUUUUGCCUUAUUCUGCCUCAAACAUCUCACUGACUUUGUUCACAUCUCUAAAAGAUCAAAUUUGUAAAAUAACUUUAAACUUGAACAGAAUGUGUAGAAAGAUGUUUAGAAGUGCAUGAUGUCUAAAUGCUGUUUAUAUCUUUAUAUUCUGCCCGUUUUGCAUUCAAAAUGAGAUUAAAACUGUUUUACAGUAAGACUUCAGUCAUGUUGGACUGUAAGAGUUUCUUCAGAAACCUGAAUGCCAUCAACUCAUUAAACUAUUAUACUUGUGCUCAGAGGUUCUGAUGGGUUUCUGGUUCUUUUAUAUUUAUGAAAUGAGUGUUUUUAUUUUUAAGAGAUUUGAUCAAUUUAAGAAAAGUGUUCACUGUUUCCUCUAAUGUCUUUGAUAGAGAAUGUUUUUGUUAAACUUUAAUACACUUAAUUCUUUAAACUAAAACUAAAUUCAUUAUUUAGGAGGUUGAUAUGAUUUAAUAUGGAAAUCAAGAAAAGUUAAUUUCAUUUUAAGCACAUUGUAUUUUCGACUGUUUUCCUCUAUCGGCUCAUUUUGUCUAAUUGAUCACAAUUAUUAGUAUGAAAAUGGCCAUUGUGUAUAUACAAAAUAAAUAUUGAAAGUAAAAUGAG